GAGAACGAGGACAAGGACGACUGUCAGCUGAUGAAUGUCACCAGCAACAACAACAACAACAACACGUGGACGCCGCGCCGCCGCCGUGAGGAGAUAAGGGAGACUGUCGAGGAGCGUGUGUUAUGUAAUAUUGUGGGAAGCCAGCAACAGGAGGAGCAGCUCCUGGAUUAAUAGGAAAAUGUUACGGGUAGUUGUGAGAAGAACACAGCUCUAUUCUCUCCAUUAUCUCCAAUUGCUACCUCGCUGCCAACCUUCCGUCAAAUGGUUCAGGAGAUCCCUGGUUUCCACCACCACCACCACUCCUAUCCUGCCAGUAUUCAAACAAGCUGAGAGGUUCAAGGAUAAUAUUGCCCUCAGUGACCAACAUGGUGAACACACAUAUGAACAGAUUCAUAGGUUAAGUGGACAUCUGGCAUGGCUCAUCCAAAAUAUCCUUGGUGAGGAUACAGCACAGGAGCGUGUUGCCUUCCUCUGCCCCAAUGAUGUGUCAUAUGUCAUUUCCCAGUGGGCCACCUGGAUGGCAGGCCACAUUGCGGUGCCACUUUACCCCCGACAUCCACCUCCUGAGCUAGAGUAUUUUGUGAGAGACAGCAAGGCAGCUGUGAUCAUUACUACUUCAGAGUAUGCUCCAAAGGUGAAGCAGAUUCUCUCUGGCCAGCAGGUCAUUGUGCUGGAAGAAUUCUUCUUCAAGCCAUCAACAGAAGAUGAAACCACUCGGCCAGCACAGUAUGGUAGGGAUUCCCACUUCUAUUCCUUUAGUGAUGCCAUGAUCCUCUAUACAAGUGGCACCACUGGGUCACCCAAAGGUGUGUUGCUGAGCCAUAGCAAUGUACAAUCUCAAGUAUCCUGCCUCCACCAGGCAUGGGGAUGGACACAGCGGGACACCUUGCUGCACUGCCUGCCCCUCCAUCACACCCAUGGCAUUGUUAAUGCUCUCCUCUGCCCCCUCUACCUAGGUGCCAGGGUAGUGAUGCUGCCAAGCUUCUCUCCUGCAGAAGUUUGGAGUCACCUACUUGCAUUGAAUGUCCCAGUGGAGGCACGAGUCAGCCUCUUUAUGGCUGUACCCACCAUGUAUGUCAAGCUGCUGGAGGAAUAUCAUGCUAGUCUUGCAAAGACCUCUCGCACCAAAGAGUAUGUGCGUUCAGUGUGCACACAAAAUGUCAGGCUGAUGAUCAGCGGGUCAGCUGCUCUGCCAGAAUCAGUACUCACCAGCUGGCAGGAGGCCACUGGUCAUGUGUUGCUGGAGCGCUAUGGUAUGACGGAGAUUGGCAUGGCUCUUUCCAACCCUCUCAAGGGCACCCGCCAUCCAGGGUCUGUGGGUACCCCUCUGCCUGGUGUGGAGGUGCGUAUUGUGAAGUUUUUACCAGGGCAAGAGGACUACCAGUUGCUGUGUGAGGGCAGCAGUGCUGGCACCAAGUUGGUGCCUGGGAGUGAGAAUGAGCCAGGUGAACUGUUGGUACGUGGCCCAAAUGUCUUUAAGGAGUACUGGUGCAGACCCCAUGCCACCGUGGAUGAGUUUACCCAUGAUGGGUGGUUCAAGACAGGAGACACGGCAGUAUACAAAGAUGGGUCGUAUAGGAUACUUGGACGAACAUCUGUAGACAUUAUCAAGAGUGGAGGUUUCAAGAUCUCUGCCCUUGAUGUGGAGAAGCAUCUGUUGACCCACCCAAACAUUAGUGAUGUGGCCGUGGUUGGUGUGCCAGAUCUCACAUGGGGUCAGAAGGAAAAGAAAAGAUGAAAGCUUACUAGGUCAACUCCUUGGAAAAGUGAAUAAAAGCAGUCAGUGGUGCUAAGACCAAGACCUAAGUUGAAGAGGACCACACUGACUUGGUGAGAGCUAGCAGCCAGCUGAUGCAAGAUUGGUAACACAGGCAUCUCGUUGAAUGCUUUGGUUGAAUACUGUCAGUUAAAUAUCUUGAAGUGAAACUAGAGUCUAAAUCCUUGCUAUAUGGGUUUGCUGUGGUCACAGAUGUCCAAAAAUGUUUCUUGGCUGUCCUUUUGUGGUUAGUGAAUGGUAGUUUUUUCAGUCAGACAGAAAUACAAAUGCCCAGCAAAGGGAUUUUAAAUAGCUAGUUCAUAGAUGUGACUCACACAUUUGGAUAGUGAUGUCCAUUUCUUUCAGUAAAUUUUCUAAAAUGAUCACAUAUAGAUACAUAAUACUUGUGAAUCUGCCACCUAGACUGCUUUAUGUGGAUGACUGAGGGAGGGAGUUAGGGUGACCCAUUACCACAUGGCUUAAUGACAGGGAAGAUACACUGGAGGGAGAAUCUCCAUUGCUCUUCUCCUUACCUUUUUCUUUUUCUUCAGUUCCCAGGCUAGCAAUACUGAGUCAUGCUACAAUUAUUCUGAUGCUGAGAAAGCAUAAAAAGCUUCAGGUGAUGAUGGUAAAAAAUAAACUUGGAAACAUUUUCUGCUUCUAUUUCUUUGCUUGAUUUUGAUGAAACUCAUAUGAAUGCACAAGAUGAAAUGUUAUAGAAAAAAACUGCCUUUUUUUACAGCUAACUUUGUUAUAAAAUUAAAAAUUUUACUAAAGUAUAUGAAUUUUUUCCUGAAAUAUUUGUGUGAUAACCAGGGUAUUAAGAUAUCUACAUAAUAUGCAGAUUAUUCAUAACUGUAGAUGCAAUUUUAAGUUCACAACAGAUCCUCACCUUAAUUCUUCAGGCUGAACACCACUUUGAUGCAGCAGUUAAGUACUCAAAGUUAUGAUCCCACAGUUCAGGCUUUGGCAUUUAGUACACAGCUUACCCACCAGAUCAUCCUUCCUCUUGGAUCAGAUAGCUCACUUGGUACUAAGAGAAGACAAACUGGUGAAGUGGAUAUAAAGUAAGCCCUGUGUUCAAUAUAUUUUACAAAGGUAAAAAUUUUGUGGAGAAAGAUUUGCUGUAUGUUGCAUGUCACUGAAUGUGUCUUUUAGUAGCUACAUCUUCCCCUCCUCCAGGUGGCAGCUGUGAUAGUGUGGCAUGGGGAGGGAGAGCUGGAUCCUAUGGCUCUGCGAGAAUGGGGGAAGGAGCGCAUGCCCCAUUACAAGGUACCCUCAGAGGUGGUGCAGGUGAAGGACAGUCUUCCCCGCAACAAUAUGGGGAAAGUCAAUAAGAAGCAGCUCCUUCUUGAUUUCUUUAAAGAUCCACAGAGUCCAUCUUAGUUUCUUGUUAUAUUAUUCUCUUGCCUCAUCUGGUUUCUCCCUCUCCUUUGUUGUUCCAGAAAUAUCAGUGAAUAAAUGAGUUGUGAUAAGGUACAGAAAAGGAAGGGAAGGAAGGGGUUUUGUGCUCAGGCUGUGGCCUUACUUAUUUGUACUUUAAUAUAUUUGUAUUUUUACUCUUUCAUCCUUUGCAGGGCAGAAUAUAGUACAUUUUCUAGGUGCUCGCAAAUCAAUCAAUGUAAAACUUAUUUUUAGCAUUAGCAGGCUGUAUGUUAAAUGAGAAUGUUAUUAUUAAAGAACUUUAUAAUUUGAAA